AUGGAGGUCGGCAAAUACUCCAACAGCCCGCAGUGGGCCGACAUUACGCCCAUUCCCACCGACGAGGGCGGCCCAAACCCGCUUGCCGCCAUUGCGUAUCCCGAAGAAUACGGCGAGCUCAUGUCAUACCUCCGAGCCAUCAUGGCCAAAUGCGAAUACAGCGAACGAGUCCUUGAGCUGACGGAAGACUUGAUCGACAUGAACCCCGCCCACUACACGGUCUGGCUCUACCGCGCCAAAGUGCUCUUCCACAUCAACUACGACCUCCAGAAAGAACUAGAGUGGUUGAACGAGACGGCAUUGCAACAUCAGAAGAACUACCAAAUCUGGCAUCAUCGCAACCUCAUCGUGGACAAGCUGGACUCUGUACACGGCGAGCAAGAGUUUGUGGAAAAGAUGUUCGAAGCCGAUGGGAAGAAUUAUCACGUGUGGAGUUAUAGACAAUGGCUCGUGAGGCGCUUCAACCUGUGGGAAGGACAAGGCGAACUCGGAUUCACCGAGCGCAUGAUGGCCAGAGAUAUUCGAAACAACAGCGCCUGGAACCAUCGUUGGUAUGUCGUCAAUGGACGCGAGAACGAAGGUAUCCCCGGCAUUACAGAUGCGGCGAUCAGAGCCCGAGAGAUCAAAUUUGCGCAAGAUGCCAUUGCCAAGGCACCGCAGAAUCAAAGUCCGUGGAAUUAUCUGAGGGGUAUCGUGAGGAAGAGUGGUGGUGGUGGUGACGGGAUGAAGUUGUCUAGCCUGAAAAGUUUUGCAGAGGAGUAUGCGAAUUUGAGUAAGCCGGAAGGGAUCAGAUCCAGUCAUGCGUUGGACUUACUCGCAGAUGUGCUAGCCGAGGAAAAGGAUGGUCAGCAGCAGGCGAAGGAGGCUUUGGACUUAUUGGCGACGAGGUACGAUCCUAUCAGGAAGAACUAUUGGGAGUAUCGAAAGAGCCUGCUGGAACUGCCCGGUACUUCUUCUUCUACUACUACUACCACAACAACGGGGAGUGCGAUUGCAGUAUAAGGAGGAGGCAUGUCCGACUAUGAGUGGGAUGGCUGGCUAGAUGAGAGAUUGGUUGUUUUUGGAGUACAUGGGCAAAAAAGGGAAAAGAGAAAGGCGCAUGAGGAAGAUACCCAUCGUUUUCGGUUCUUGUUUUUUCAAGGAGUAGCUCGGAGAUCGAUCGAGAGUGAAGAAGGAGAAGAAGAAGGAGAAGAAGAUGAAGAAUUGGUAUCAGACUCAAGACAGAGAAUGAACGAAAAGCCGCGGUGAUACUCUCACUGCAUAAGAGAAUACGACAGAAACAGCUAGCUACCUACCUACCUUAGAUACCAGGUACCUACCUAUGUAUCCUCAAAAAUCAGAAAUCC